GUCUGAGACCUUCUCAUCUUCUUCUUCUUCUCAACGAUCAGGUCGUAAAACUGCUUCGGAGCAAUGCAACGAAAUGCCGGAAAAGACAGCGGAUCUCAAACUGAAAGCGUCUUUUUCUCAAACCCUCUGAUGAGUGGUCCUGAAUCUGACUGGUCUCCAGUUCAUGAUGCUGCCUUCAAUGGACGCGUCCUUGCUCUGAGAGAACUUGUCGCUCAGCGUCCGUGUGUGAAUCUGAGCACUUUGGACCAGGUCUCUCCGCUCCAUGGAGCGUGUGUGCAGGGACACGUGGCCUGUGCCAAGGUUCUGGUGGAAAACGGGGCAAACGUGAACAGCUCCACUGUGGACGGACACACUCCUCUGUCUGAAGCCUGUGCUCGGGGCCAUGUGACCUGCGUAUCGCUGCUGCUUCGACACGGAGCAAACCCCCGGGGGAGCGGCGACUCCAGCUCCCCGAUCCACCGAGCGGCAGCUAAAGGUCACCCAGAGUGCAUCGGGCUCCUCGUCGCGCACGGCGCCGACGUGGAUGAGUGCAGCAGCCGCUGGGGUUCGCCGCUACACGUCGCCUGCUCCAAUCAGCAUCUGAGCGCUGUCAGGAAACUGCUUCAUCUUGGUGCUGAUGUAAACAGCAGCGCGUCCGGAGACUCCCCCCUCCACGUCGCUGCUCGCGUGUCCAGCCCAGAGCUGGUGUCCGUGCUGCUCCAGCACGGGGCCGACCGCCGCCUCACAAACCUGGAGGGCAAGGGGCCGCUGGAGGUGGCGCCUCCCGGCAGCGGGGAGGUGCGGAGGCUGCUGACGCGAGCGGCAGACAGACAAACCGCACUGUGAAGACUCCCACGUGCUUCAACGUGGGCUGCCUUUGAAAGCAGCGGCUGAUGAUCAAAACGUGUUGUCAAGCGUUUGAUCCGUGGGCAAGCGGACUAAGUGGGAAUCAUGACCUUCACCACCCACAGAAACGAUAAGAGCGCCUCCUCCAGACCCCUGCAGAGAUGCUCAGCCCUCAAAGCCUCCGCUUCAGGGUGUUUCACUCCUGGGUCACCAGACAGCGAGCUGGCAGGUUCUUGCUGGGCGAAGUCACAGACCUUUCAAAAUAAUAAACAGCAUCAAUCUAGACUUUUAUUCAGACUCAUGUAGGUCUUGUAGGAUAAAAAGUUACUACUGUCAAUCAAGCAAAAGCACGUUCAACAUUUAAUCAUACUGAGUAAAAGCUACAAAAAUAAUAAAUCUACUAGUACACACUCCA